CAUUGAAUUAAAAAUUUAAUUAUACAAGAUAAUUUGACAGGAGAAAUUUAUUCAACCCCGUCAAUUUCAUGGUUGUCGCUUGGGCAGCCAAGUUGAGCUUGGAGACCUGAGCGACAAAGCUUCCUCUAGCGUUACUUCCUUACGAGAUUCAAACCCAUAAUGGCGACCAAUGGACCUGAAGCUGCUGAGAUGCAUUUUUGUCACACUCUAGGAGAGUUACAGGAACGACUGGGUCACUCUCUUGCUCAGGAAGCUUCCUCUCCUCUCCCCAGCCUUGCAACGUUCACGUUCUGGCUGGCCCCGACUUUCCAGGUCAUCAUCCCACGGACUGUCACAUCUCAACAAGCGACCCCGCCGGAAACACCGCAACAUGAAGCUGGACAGGCCGCAGCCAACUCAAAUGAGAAGCGACAAACAGUUUCACAUGUAAUCAACCAAGAGAUUACUCUGCGUGAAACCUUUGAUGACGAUCUUGAAAAUCACGUGGUCCAAGCUACACAACGAGUGGUAUCUGGUGUUAUAGCCAAGGCUGUGCAAGAUGUGGACGGUUUCAAAUAUAAUACUCGAAACAUUUGGAGUACGUCGAAAGGGAGUCGGUUCAAUUAUACAUGUGGCGAAUCAAAACAUAGUGGUAAACGCAAAAGAAGCAGUGUGGCUAACGCGGAGGUCUCUGAGACUUCGGCCGAUUCAAAUGCACUCAUCGACUGCAAAGGAUCAGUGACCCUUCGGUUUUCCAAAGAAGACUUUGCCGUCGAGCUCACUUACACUCAUGCCCCAAUUCAUCGGACCACGUCCAAUCGUGAUCCAGGAUGGAUGAGAGUGGGACUAACCAAUCGAGUUCCCUCUGCCUUUAAACCUACUGAUCCGCCUCUGCCGCUCUAUGCCCCGUCAGCGCCUCAAGGCCAUGCAGAGCAGGACAACACGCCAAUUGACCCGCAACUCUCUUCUUCUACUAUUGCCAAUGCAUCGCCUUCGCGCCACACACUCGAGAAUCCAGCUCCUCAAAACAGUUUUGCUGCACCACCGCAUCGGCAAUUCAACACUGGCGAUGCUCCUGCCCGAGCUCCCUCUCCAAUUAAAACAGAAACAUAUCCAGCACAUAUCCCAACUCAUGCUCCUCCCUUUCACGAUCCGCAAAUUCAAGGCUCUCAGAGGCUCUCCACGAACGGUUUUACCAUAAACGGUACUCCGAUACAAGAAGGCGUAUUUGAGCAUCGACCUGAACAAGCCCGUCCACGCUCCUUUAUAGAGUGGCAGCAGCAGCAGCAUCCACAUCCCGAUGACGGAGAACAAGUUGCCCGCAUCAAAAGAGCCCAUAAACGCACCAAGACGGGAUGUUUAACCUGUCGGGCAAGAAAAAUAAAGUGCGAUGAGUCUCGACCCAAUUGUACAUCAUGCCGCAAAGGCAACCGCCAAUGCACGUACCCUUCUGACUCCGUUCCCAAUGCGCCGCCGGUCGCGCAGUCCCUCGAGGCAGAAGGAUUACCCUUUUACCCAGACCCAUCGGUAUCUCAGCCUCAGCCUCAGAGUACUCCAACAGCCCCAGCUCCAACACCGACUGUCGCUCAAGCACACACCGCGACCGAAAUACACCCACUUGUCACCGCCCAGUAUCAUCUCACCAUGGGCCAUCCUAAUCUCCUCCCUCCUCCUAAUCCGAACCAACAAGUCAUGCCGGUAACCGCUCAAGUCUUCAACGAAAAUACCGGGACAGUCUAUGGCAAUGUAACCGGAUAUGUCGCCUGCGCUCCCGGUACGCGACUUCCGUUGGAUCAAAUUGCUUUCAAACUUGUUCCUCUUUUUCCGCCCGGCGCAGCGGUAGAUCAACAGCAUCUUCCUCGAGCGACUUGAGUAUGAUAAUCUCUUUCUCCCUUUCUUUCUUCUUUUUCGAUCCUUAUUUAAGCUCUUUCCAAGCUCCUUGUCUUCCUAC